GUUCGCUUGCUGUUCUCGUCGUCGCGGGCAAGUAACCUAACUCUCUUGGUUAUCAUUCUUUCUUUCGUUCACUUGUCCCCUUCCUCGAAAGCUCGUGGUCAGUCUCUCGUUACAACACACACCACUACGGCCCAAGACACGAUGUUCUCUAUACUCAAUUACACGACGCUCUUUCUUACUCUCCUUCCCCUCCUCAGCCUCACGGAUGCGCAGUCCUCGAUAUCGAGCAGCAAUUCAACGGGCUACACGGGCUACAACCUCACGCUCUCUUCAGACCCCGAAUCCGUUACCUACGACACCGAAGACACGCCCGCCAAUGUAUCAACCACCUACCCGGCUCCAGACGUGUAUCUCAACGCCUCGGUGCACAUUGGCGAAAUCGACAUCUUGGUCGCCAACCUAUCUGCGAAAAUCAACCUCGACGCCCAGGUCCUGAACCUGCUUACCUUCAACGCGGGCGUGGAUCUGAGCAUCGACCGCGUAUCGCUCACCAUCCAGAACGUCACCGCGAAAGUCCUGCUCGAAGCUAGAUUAGAAAAUCUGGUCUUGAUGAUUGACGAUAUUCUCCAUUCUCUCGAUCUCAACCCCGUGCUUGCUACGCUGGGCCAGGACUUGACGAACAUCACCAACACGACGGUCGGGGCGCUCACCGGCGCCACCUCGAGCUUGAAACGCUCUGUACCGUACGAUCUCGCGCACAACGUGCUGUUCUCGUCGAACGAUUACUCGGGCAAUACGCACAAGAACCGGAUCUUGGAGCAGAACGGCGAUAUCGUGGAUCAGUACCUGGAUAACGACGGGAAUAUCAGGGCCCAGACGACGGUGGGGACGUAUUUGAAGGAUAUGACGUUCAAUGGGGAGAAUGUUACGGUGACGCUGGGCGGCAAGCCGGCGCAGAAGUUGGAGUUUGUGUAUGAGCCGUUUAAUGGGUUGAGUGUGGUGAGUUUUGUGUGGGUAGGGGGUGCGGGGGAGGUGCUUGGGACGCAGGUGUUGAGUGAGAGGUUUGCGGGGGGUGAGAGUACGAUUGGUGAUUAAUGGGGGAGUGAGGAGGAUGGGCAGAUUAGGGUUGUAUAAAGGAUUUAAUUUUACUUGUUGUAAAUCUUGACUUGACUAGUUUGUUCUUGUUUGUGCCUCUGCCUCGAUUUGGAGGACUUGAGUGAAGUGAAGGACCCGUUUCGCUUCUCCUUUUGCCCUCGGAUACUACAAGCGAGAGUGAUAUCUGAAACACCUUUACUUAGAUGGAUCUGCCUGCAUUUUACGGGAUUCUUGGAAAAUCUUGGAAUCUGCAUCGUGUAUUAUGCGAGAUAGAUUGAUCCGCAUGUCUGGGAUAUAGAAUGCCAUCCGGGGCGGG